AUUGAGCCACUUGUACUGCACUACCAGUGUUGUACAAGUGGAGGAAAGGUGUGAAGAAGACUAAGUGACAGGGGGAGGCUUUGUGGUGGUGCCGGACACAACUGUUGAAACAAGAGAGAUGGACAACACCGCCACAGUUCUGAAGGCUGUCGUGGCCACCAUCUGGUUACUCGGUGUUGCUCAUCUGACCCCAGCCACCACGAAUAAUGAGUGUAAAUUAAACAAACUUCCGGAGACAAAAGAUCAAGGAACUCUGUAUGCUUUCGAAGAUAAGAAACUCAAAGCCUGGAUCAGGACUGUUGGAACGGCUGUCCUCAACCUGAGUGUCGGGAACGCUGGUGGUCAGUCAGAAACAAUUGGGAACUCCUCAGAUAUUAGACUUGACAAGUGGAACCAGAUUGUUAUAGAGCAAAUCACAGGUGACGAUGGGUACACAUAUUCAGUCAGCAUCCUUGACAAUACGAAAUGGAAUUCAAGUAAAAAGCAAUUUCCUCGAAAUUAUGUGUUUCCCUCAAGCCCGGGUUCAAAGAUCCGGUGGUCCACCUGCCCUCCUGAUGACCUCAUGGAUUUCGUUGGGCAGCAGUCGUCACCAACAUCAGAGCCAUCGUCGUCUACAACAUUAGCAGCACAAACGCCAGCAUCGUCAACACCAUCGUCGUGUACUCCGCCGUCAGCAGAGUCAUGUUCAGACAAAGAAUUCGGAAGCAACGCCAUGUUUUUGGCUUUGGGAUGCGGCUCUAUGGCGCUGGUAAUAGCCUUCCUUGCUUGCGUAUACGCCAUUGUUAUCCGUCGCAAGUACUUACGCCUACUGUCAGAGAGAGGUAAGAUUGACCGCGAGGGUAAACUUGGCCCUGGAGACGAGAACUUCUACGAUGAGUGGGACAACAACUACAAGUCUCAGGCAGGAAACCUCGGCAACUGCCAGCUUAGACAAUCGUCCAGUGAUGCAGUAGCAGACCCAACAAUACGCCCAGGGUCUUCCUGUUCCAUUGCCAUCAGUAUAUAUGGUGAACUGUAGUGUCAUUACCCAACCACUGUACCUUUGUAGUAGCCAUACCCAACCACUAUACCUUUGUAGUAGCCAUACCCAAUCACUGUACCUUUGUAGUAGCCAUACCCAACCACUGUACCUUUGUAGUAGCCAUACCCAACCACUAUACCUUUGUAGUAGCCAUACCCAAUCACUGUACCUUUGUAGUAGCCAUACCCAACCACUGUACCUUUGUAGUAUCAAUACCCAACCACUUUACCUUCCCUGUUUUAUUUAUGAAGCUGUCCAGUAAAUCAAAGAGACCAUAGUUACUGUGGGGUUAUGUAAUGUGUGUUAUAUAAUUGUCUCUCAGUUUUAUAUGUGAUUUCUUAGAUAAGUUUGACUGUAAUGGAUCCUUUUAGUAUCACAGGCUGUCACAAAACAUCUGUCAGUAGAGCGUAUCGAUGUUUCUCAGUGAUAAAUGAAAUGUUUGUUCAUUAUGGCAGUAUGGCACUUCUGUUAUGACUGCUGGCAUUCCAUAUAUCUAUAACAAUUAACGUGUGGUUUGUAUUAAACAUUUUGAAUAUUUAAAUCUCCGAGACUCUUUCAAAGUAUUAAGAUUCCCGUGGAAUAUUUCACUCUUGUUGGGAUGCAUCUGUUACCACUAGAUAUCAUAACAAUACAGUGUAGUGUCAGAGGUUUAUUAGAACAUUGAUGGCUUGGCAGCGUUUCACAUCUACUGUAUAUUAAUGAACGGCAUAGUCCUGGUUCACCCUGAGAUAAUGUAUAUACUGUAAAGGCUAUCAUGGGUUCUGUCUCAUCUGGCUACGAUUAUUACACCAUAUAUUCUGGUUCACUAAUAUAAUUUUUAGAUGUUAUUUCAACCUUCAAGCCUUCUGGAAUACACUCGCUGAGCUCUGUUACCACCUCUUUAACUCAGAGUUACUAGAAUCCAUCUUCAUGUUGGAUCCUAAAGUUGAAUCACCAUAAGCUAUUGUGCCAUAUGCAACACCGUGUAAACCUGUACAGUAUAGUCUCUUACUCGAAGCUGCUCUAUGUAUCAUUUUGUACCUAUACCCACUGUAUUCUGUAUGUCUGUUCAUACGUAAACACUACGUAACUUUUCUAUUAUGCCCUGGCAGUCUAACAUGAGGCGAUGUAGACAAGACUAUGGGAAAAUUAUGAAAUGGGUUAGCUUGUCUGAAUAUUCACAGCCAGUAAACGAAAGUUCUUCCAAGUUUAGUGCAUAAAACUACAGUGUACUUGUUUCUCCGUGAAUUUGUUUCUUCAGUUGGUAGAGCGAGGGUCGUCAAAUACCGUAUAAUAUUCUCUACAGUCUGAUAUAUAAUGCUACAUUGGUUAUAACUCAGAUUAUAUAAAUCCUGGACAGACUACAUUACUGAGGGUAUCAGGAAAGAUGUUUAGGGUUAGUGACCCGGACGGCCUACAACUAUUGUAACUAGCUUAAAGGUAAACCCAGUCUGUGAUAUAUUAAAACAUUCAGGAAAUGCUUAAAUAGUUAUGUAACACUUUAACUCUAUUUGAAAACAGUAUGUUUAUCUUUUGAACAUUUCAUUCACACCUGGUGUAAAAUAUCAAGGACUGAGGUGUUAAUGAGGUAUUUCGGAAUAUUCUGUUUAAUCCAGUGAAUAAUGUUGUCGGCAAAUUCAGUUUCAUGUUAUGGAAGAAUUAUCUCGUAGUUAAAUUUAUUAAUUACGCUUGACCCGGAAUAGAUAUACAGUAUAUGCUCGUAUAUCAGUAAUACAGGAUUAAUAUAGUAAAUACCGUAGGUGAGCCUGUGAUAAUGUCACCCUGUAUAUCAGAGUGUGAUUCAUAUGUAAGGAUAAUUUUUUCUCUAGAAAUGCAUUGAAUUAAUUAUUACUGUGACCUAAUAAAUAGAGAGUUAUUCAGAUAUGAUUAACGAAGAGUAUACCUUGAUAAUGAACAGAAAGCUCUUCUGAAAUGAACAAUUAAGGAAGUAUCGAAAGGCAGAAAUCGUAAAGUGAGCUGAAACACAUAGACGAAGGCAUUAAAUAAGAGGGAAAUAUGUCGAACUCAGACCUUGAAAAA